AUGAAGAGUGAAGAAUCGGGAGAAGAUACAGAUAGUGUCAUGGUUGCAAGGGCGAUGAUGGCUUGUGUGGCGGCUGUCGGAGAAUAUUGUCAUGAAUACAUGUUCAAACAGCCCUCUCGUCAUGGAGAGGAUAAGCGUGCCAAGUUCAUCAACUCUAUCAUUAAGGCCAGUGAUCGGGAUUGUGUCACACAACUUAGGAUGAAUCGAGCGACGUUCUUCGAUCUAUGUACCCAGUUACAUGAGAAGGCCGUGUUGCGUGAUACUCGGCGUGUGAGUCAUGAAGAACAUUCAAUAAUGUUCCUACGCACAUUGGGGCACAGUGUUCGGAAUCGCGUAAUUGGUCAUAGAUUCAUUCGAUCGGGUGAAACUGUGAGUCGCCACUUUCAUAGUGUAUUAGAUGCAAUUGUGUCACUGUACCCAAUUUUCAUAAAACAGGCUGGACCAGCGACUCCAUCGGAGAUUCAGACAAACACAAAUUGGGCUGCUUAUUUUCAGGAGGGUUCUGCUUCGGAUGCGAGGGUCUUACACAACGCACUGAGUCGAUCAGAUGAUCCCUUGCUUGUCCCAUAUAGAAAAUAUUACAUUGUCGAUGCCGGUUAUGCACAUUCACCCGGUUUUAUGGCUCCAUACCAGGGCGUUCGAUAUCACUUACAGGAGUAUCGAACCGGGAGAGCACCUGCCAACAUGAAGGAGCUGUUUAAUUAUCGGUAUGCACAGUUGCUCAAUGCAAUUGAGCGUUGUUUUGGUGUUAUGAAAGGUAGAUUCCCCAUCCUGAAGACCGCCAUGCAGUAUGAAUUCCACACACAGAUUCAAAUUGUGAUAGCCUGCUGUCGUAUGCUAGAUAAGAUGUCUAGUGAUCCAUCGACACCAACACAUUCACCGGCCUAG